AUGCUGUCUCGUCUGAUCUCAAAAUCGUCACAUCUCCGGCUGUUAACCCUAGUUUCCACUGCUUUUACCCCCAUUUCCCCUAAACCCAUCAUUACCCACCCAUAUUCCAACUCCCAUUUCUUCUCCACUGGUAACAAUGGCAAAGAUGAUUUCUGGAAACUGUCUUCUGAAGCCGAAGAAUCACUAUUCAAUGAAGACUCAGAAAGUAGUGUUGAGGGAAUAGAAAAGCAGGAUGUUGAUGAUGAUGUGUCAUGGGCUAAAGAAGAAGAAGAGGGGAGUGAUGUGUUUAAGGAAGAGAAGGGUGUUGGUGCUGGUGGGGAAGAGGAGAUUUGGGCAACUGCUGAAGGCUAUAAACCUUGGAGUUUUGAUGUUGAAGGAGAAAGAGUGUUUGAUGUUGGACAAGUGGUUGUGGAGCUACAAAAUGAAAUAAAGGGUUUUCAAGAGGGGCCUAAAGUUGACGAGAAUCCUGAACAGAAAAAACUUCUUGAAUUGGAAGAAAAAACUCUCACUGAGGUUCUUAAAGGUCCUAAUCGUGCAUUUGGUGAUCUAAUAGCGGCAUCUGGAAUCACGGAAGAAAUGAUGGACAGUUUGCUUGCAUUGAGAGACCUGGAUGGCAUUCAAGGACUUCCUCCUUUAAGAGAAAUCGAAGAAAUGCGUUAUGAAAAGAACACUAGGAAGUCAACCAGAGCUGACAUAGAGCGCCAAAAACAGGAGGAAGUAGCCAAAGCACGAGUCAAACAAGUAGAUGAAAAGGGAAGGGCUUAUGGGACAGGAAGAAGGAAGUGUAGUAUAGCCCGUGUUUGGGUUGAACCAGGGGGUGGUAAAUUUAUGGUGAAUGACAAAGAGUUUGAUGUAUACUUCCCAAUGCUUGAUCACCGGGCUGUUCUUCUUCGACCUUUUACUGAAACAAAGACACUGGGCAUGUGGGACGUGAGAUGUACUGUAAAAGGAGGGGGUGUGUCAGGUCAAGUUGGUGCAAUUCAGUUGGGUAUCAGCAGGGCAUUGCAGAAUUGGGACCCAGAGUUGCGGCCUCCCCUCAGAGAAGGUGGCUACUUGACGAGAGACUCGAGAGUUGUGGAGAGGAAAAAGCCUGGUAAAGCAAAAGCAAGAAAGAGCUUCCAAUGGGUCAAGCGUUGAUCUGCGCUUACAUUUGGAUGUCGCAGGAAUUUGCAUCUCGAAGGAUUUGGCAUCAAUCACAUAGUUUUCCAUUUGAAGCCAUUGUUUACUCAAGGCACGAGCAUACAGAAAUUGUUGUCCAGAAUAUUCUGAGUUGGCUGAGUUUUAGCCUUUAGGAUGCUUGCCUAUUUUUGUUGUUAAGAUAUUUGCUUUCUCACUCUCAUUUUUGUAACAUAUUAGCUUGAUAGAACUAAAUUUUGUAUCCAAGAGGAUAGAUGAGCAAUGCCAUUGAGAGCUUUAAUAAUGCAAACUACCCUACCUUUGAUGUGUU